AUGUCAGACUCGUCAGGCAUUUACGCGGGCGAUGUGCUCAGGCCGGAGGCGCCUCAGGGCCUCACAGACCUCCUGCUCGGACCGAUGCAAGUCGGCUACCAAGUCCAGUUCUUUGGUUUCGGCAUCUUUUUCACCUUGUUCGCCGUAUACGCCGCGACGGGCGAACUGCGGCGGCACCAGCGCAUCGGCCAACUCGUCUUGGUCGCCUCGCUCGUCCUGAACUUCGUCUACACCUCAUUCGUCUUCUACGAGUCGUAUAUCACUGCCAUCUCUCAAGAUCGAGGAUCGUUCGCUCUCCAGAAUGGCGAUGUUGCGUGGAAUGCUUUGCCAAUGCUAAUCGCCUCAAUCACCGCCUUGACUGAAGGAUACUUGACCGCACGAGCAGGCUUGCUCAUUCUCUCUCGCCUCGUUCGCAUCCUCUUCUUCGUCUGGAUGGGAUGUUUGAUCGCUUUGGUGAUCAUCGGCGGCGCUGUCACGACCGCAGACGGCGUCUUCUACUACAACGGCGCCCAACCUGGAGACCUCGCGAUCUCGUACAGCGCAGGCACAGCGAUGUACUUCUGGGGAUCGGCUGUCGCCGACGUUUCGAUAUCCAUCGCCUGCGCUUGUUCCCUCCGUUCUCGCAUCGCCGGCUUCAACUCCCGCACCGACUCCCUCCUUCGACACCUCAUCGUGCUUGCCUUCCGGACGGCGCUGUACACGGCCGUCGUCUCGCUCGUCUCGGCGGUCGUCUCGAGCGUCUACCGCGAUAGCGAUGUGCGAAGCUUCGUUGUCUACAGCUUCUGGCUGUUCAUGCCGGCCGCCUACGGACUCUCCCUCUUCACCUUCUCCGUCUCCUCCAAACGAGCGAUCGACCAACGACUCGGUUCGAGCGUCAGUCCGGGCUACGUCCCUGCGCAAGGACCGAAGCGACACCACGCGGCGACAUCUCCACCUCCCGAGACGCCCAUCGCGCUCAACAACAUGCGCGGAGCGCAACUCCAGCCUGGCGGGCAGAUUCCCCUGCAGAUCAGGGUGCAGCAUGAGGAGGUGGUAUCAGUCGAUGAGGGAGACGACGUCCGGGACUCGAAGAGUGGUAUAGGGCGGCAAAGGGACUGGGAGGUGUGA